AUGUUGCUCCUUUGGACCAUUGGUAUUUUCUUUCUCAACGCCGUGAAAGGCGCUGAGGUUUGUUAUAACAGAGUCGGUUGCUUCAAUGAUUUGAAACCUUGGGCUGGGACUGUAGAGAGACCCUUCACUAAAUUACCAUGGAGCCCAGAACAAAUUAAGACACGGUUCCUGCUUUACACCAAGAGUAAUCAGAACAGUUUCCAGUUGAUCAGCGCCACCAAUCCCUCCUCCAUCUCUUCAUCCAACUUCCGAACUACCAAGAAAACUCGCUUUGUGAUCCACGGCUUCACUGACAGCGGAGAAGCUUCCUGGCUGUCUAACAUAUGCAGGAAACUGUUCCAGAUUGAGGACUCCAACUGCAUCUGUGUGGACUGGAGCGGCGGCUCCCGCACUCUGUACUCUCAGGCCUCCAACAACAUCCGCGUGGUGGGCGCAGAAGUGGCGUAUUUCGUGAACAUCCUUCAGUCAAACUUCGGCUAUUCUCCUGCCAACGUCCACCUGAUUGGGCACAGCCUGGGCGCACACGCUGCCGGGGAGGCCGGGAAGAGGAAGAAGGGCAUCUCCAGGAUCUCAGGCCUGGACCCCGCUGAGCCCUACUUCCAGAACACCCCCAUAGAGGUCAGGCUGGACCCGUCCGAUGCUACUCUUGUCGAUGUCAUUCACACAGAUUCCGGUCCUCUGGUCCCCACCCUGGGUUUUGGAAUGAGCCAGAUCGUUGGUCACUUGGACUUCUUCCCUAAUGGAGGGGUCCACAUGCCCGGGUGUCCUCAGAACAUACAAAUCCCCAAUGUCAAUGUGGAGGAUAUCUGGAGCGGGGUCGUCAACUUUGUUACUUGCAACCAUAACAGUGCCAUCAGGUAUUACACCGACAGCAUCACCAACUCCAACACCUUUGUGAGCUACUCCUGCUCCAACUGGAACACCUACUCUAGUGGCUGCAGAACCUGCCCCAGUGCCGGAUGUCCAAAGAUGGGUCAUUACGCAGACACCUACCGUGGGGUUACCACUUCCAGCCAGGUCUUCUAUCUGAGCACCCCAUAG